GAUCUUGCGUCCGUCUCCGGUGCGGCGGCUCGGUGGAGACACAGCGGCCCCUUCGAUGGACAGGACGGCCGUGGUGAAGGUCGGAGCCGCGGCCAGCGCCAGCGUGUGCGCGCUGUUCGGCGGCGUGGUGCUGGCCCAGUACAUCGUGGCCAAGAAGAAGCGAGCGGGGAAGAAGACCCGGAUCAUAGAGAUGAUGCCUCAGUUCGAGAAGUCCACGGUCCACAUGAGGGACCCCGAGAGGGUGGAGCAGAUCAUCUGUGGCCUCAUUAAAGGAGGAGCCUCCAAGCUGCAGAUCAUCACAGACUUCGACAUGACGCUCAGCAAGUUCGCCGUCAACGGCAACCGCUGCCCGACGUGCCACAACAUCAUCGAUAACUGCAAGCUGGUGACGGAGGAGUGCCGGGCGAAGCUGCUGCAGCUGAAGAACAAGUACUACCCCGUCGAGGUGGACCCCCACCUCACCAUGGAGGAGAAGUACCCCUUCAUGGUGGAGUGGUACUUCAAGUCGCACACGCUGCUGGUGGAGCAGCGCCUGGAGAGAGACAAGCUGGCGGAGGUGGUGAGGGAGUCCGACGCGGCGCUCAGGGACGGGUACGAGCACUUCUUCGACCGCCUGCAGCAGCACGACGUGCCCGUCUUCAUCUUCUCCGCCGGGCUGGGCGACGUCCUGGAGGAGAUCAUCCGCCAGGCGGGCGUCUACCACCCCAACGUCAAGGUGGUGUCCAACUUCAUGGACUUCGACGAGAACGGUGUCCUGAAGGGCUUCAAGGGCGAGCUGAUCCACGUGUACAACAAGCACGACGGCGCCCUGAGGAACACGGAGUACUUCAAGCAGGUGAAGGAGUCCUGCAACGUCAUCCUCAUGGGCGACUCGCUGGGCGACCUCAGCAUGGCCGACGCCGCGCCCCACGUGGAGAACAUCCUCAAGAUCGGCUUCCUCAACGACAAGGUGGAAGAGCGGCUCGACAAAUAUCUGGACUCUUACGACAUCGUCCUGGUGAAGGACGAGACUCUGGAGGUGCCCAACGCCAUCCUCCAGAAGGUUCUAUAACUCUACGGGGCCGGUCAGACUUCUAACACCCCCCCAGACCCCCGGACCCCCAUCCCUCUGGAUCAACCUUCCAACAUCCACCUUUAAAGAAAAACAAAGAAAAGAAAAAGCCUUUUUGGAAGACAUUUUACAUCCUGAAUAAAUAGUUGUGUCCGUUUUGAAUAGUUUUUUUCCCGAAAGAAUAACCAAAAGUGAGAUUCCGAUGUGAGGAAACGCACUUUAUAUAUUCUCGCGUGUGGUCAUCUUUUGUUUAUUUAUUUUUUCCGUUCGUGCACAGAAGAGUUUGUAAACGUUAUCGUUCUCGUCGUGUGGAACCAAGAUGGCCGACCCCAGUGUUUAAGGUUAAAGGGGUGUGUUGAGUAAGUCUAGAGAUGACCCCUUGUGGUCGUUAGGGGGAAUUACGACUGCGAACCAAAGUGAGAGGCGCUGCAGAAUAUCAAUAUUACAAUAUAUCUAGAAGUAUAUGCGGCUCAUUAAAACCCAGAACAUGACCUAUUUAAUUAAAUAAAAUUGAGUGGACUCUGUGGGUAAGAGCUCUCGUGUUCAUCCGGGUGGUGUUUUCGGGUGGAGGUUGAAAGUAAACGUGUCUUCCUGUUGUGUUCUCUGUGUCUUUAAUGUGCUGCUAUCACCUGCAUGUUGCCUUUUCUCAUCGUUACCUUUUUAAAAAGAAGCAAAUGUAUGAAACGGGGGGAUGACGUCAUGCUGUACAUGUGGCCGUUCUAAUGUAUUUGGUUUUUAUUGCGGUUUUUUUGGAGUGAUCUCCAGAAGCGUGGACGGGCGUGUUGUAUUUUUAUAAGCAGAUGGCUUUCUUCUCUCUUUUUCUUUGUUGGUGUGAUUUUGAAAAUGCAAUAAAAUGUUCCUUUUUUUUUUUUGUGA